GAAAACACACAUUGUCAGAAAACAGAGAAGCAUUCAGUACAGCAGAGAUCUUUGAAGUCUUGCCGUAAAUGUGGAACACAUUGAUCAAAGCAGAGAGGUGACCUUGGAAACUGUCACUAUUGCUUCUGGUGAGGGGUACAGAGAAGGGAACUGAUUAUUCAUCUCUUUGGUCCACCUCUGAACUCUUGCAUUGUAACGAACCAGAAGAAUGUCUCUUCCCAGGCAGCUGCGGGGUGAGAGUGAUUUUGACCAGCUUCCAGAUGAUGUAGCUGUUUCGGCCAAUAUUGCAGAUAUUGAAGAGAAGAGGGGCUUCACCAGUUACUAUGUAUUUGUGAUUGAGGUGAAAACAAAAGGUGGAGGCAGGUACAUGAUCUUCCGCCGCUACCGUCAGUUUUAUAACUUGCAUACCAAGCUAGAGGAAAGAUAUGGUGCUGAAAGUAAAAACAGCCGCUUUACCUGCAUGCUUCCUGUUUUGCCAGGAAAAGUUUAUGUAGGUGCAAAGAGGGAGAUCGCAGACAGCCGAAUCCCUGGACUCAACAUAUACAUGAAGAAAUUGCUUAGCCUGCCUUCAUGGGUGCUGCUAGAUGAAGUUGUUCGAUUGUUCUUCUAUCAGUCGGACUUUGACAGUGAGCAGACUCCUCAGGGGCUGCGAAGGCUUCGCCCGCGCACUCGCCGAGUCAAAAGCAUGUGCCCUCAAGAACCCAGCUUUGACCGAAUGGCAGCCCCACGUGCUGAAGCACUAUUUGAUUUUACGGGGUCCACAAAACUGGAACUGAGCUUCAAGAAGGGAGACCUGAUCUAUUUACUCAGCAAGAUCAACAAGGACUGGUUUGAGGGAACUGUCAAUGAUGCCACUGGCAUUUUUCCGUGUGCUUUUGUGACUGUCAUUAAAGACCUCCCACAAGAAGAAGGCUCUAUCAACUGGUUGCGCUGUUAUUACCAUGAUGACAAUGUCAGCACCAUCAGAGAUAUAUCAGUAGAAGAGGACCUGAGCAGCACUCCAUUUUUCAAAGAUCUAAUGGAAUUAGUGAGGCGAGAAUUUGGGCGCAAUGAUAUUGCCUUGAAUUACCGGGAUGCUGAGGGUGACCUGAUCCGCCUGCUCUCCGAUGAGGAUGUUGUACUUAUGGUGAUGCAGGGCAGAAGCUGGCCUCUUGAGAAGCACAUCUUUCCAUGGAAGCUGCAUGUGACCCAUCAAGAUGAUUACAGUGUGUACAGCCUCACAGGAUCUGCCAUCUCAACACCAAGAGUAGUAGAACCAUGAUCAUUUCUCCCUACCAUUAUGCUUCAACAAGAAUGAACAGUCAUAAAACAAUUAGGGAUGAUGCAGAACUGGUGUAUUGUAAGGGAAGAAUCUUUGUUCUUCCCCACACUAUAGAAUUAGUCAAUAUGUAGACGGUGUACUUCAUAUGCUUUCGAGUCCAGCAAACAAAAUAUUACUACUAAUAUGAAUAAGUAUGGGAAGUGUUUCAUAUACAAAUCUAAACAAUUAUAAAGAAAAAUAUUAAGAGCUAUUCUGUGCAAAUAUAUGCAUCUGUUUAUGUUUUUCUUGUAUGUUCUCUAAUGUGGUAAAAGGUAAAGGUUUCCCCCUGACAUUAAGUCCAGUUGUGCCCAACUCGGGGGAUUGGUGCUCAUCUCCAUUUCUAAACCAAAAAGCUGGUGUUGUCCACAGACACCUCAAAGGUCAUAUAGCGGGCAUGACCGCAUGGAGGGCAGUGUGAUCAUACAUGAAAAAAAUGAUCAUAUCAAUGAAAAGGGAUGGUUAGGGUUCCUUGAAAACAGACACUGUUCGAGGACAGAUUGUACCAUUUCAUCUAGUUUUUGCUAAAGUAUUUGUAUACUAAAUUGUAUAUAUUGGUAUCCAUUGUCUUUAAUUGUUCACUGUUAUUUUAAUAUAUCAUAUGAUUACAUUACAGUAUAUAAUGAUUCAAUAAUAACAGUCAGCCCUCUAUAGUCAUGGAUUCUGCAUUCACAGAUUCAACCAUCUACAGCUUGAUAAUAUUAAAACAUAAUGUUAGAAAGCAAA